AUGGCCACGGCGGCGGCGGCGGCGGCGACGAUGCGUCUGUCUUCCCCGUUCAGGGCCCCGCCUCUCCGUCCUCCCUGCCACCGCGUCGUCCCGUCGAUGCGGGGCCCCAGGCGGGCCGGGCUGGCCGUCUCGGCGGCCGCCGCCGGGUCGCCCCCCACCGUGCUCGUCACCGGCGCCGGAGGACGGACAGGCCAAAUUGUGUACAAGAAGCUGAAGGAGAGGGCAGACCAGUUUGUGGCCAGAGGGCUGGUCAGGACGCCGGACAGCAAGGGUAAGAUAGGCGGCGGCGACGACGUGUUCAUCGGCGACAUCAGGGAUCCUGGGAGCAUUGCUCCGGCGAUUGAGGGCAUCGACGCGCUCAUCAUCCUCACCAGUGGGGUCCCGAAGAUGAAGCCCGGGUUCGAUCCUAGCAAGGGUGGACGGCCGGAGUUUUACUUUGAGGAAGGGUCUGAUCCUGAGCAGGUGGAUUGGAUAGGCCAAAAGAACCAAAUUGAUGCUGCCAAGAGCAUUGGUGUAAAGCAGAUAGUUUUGGUUGGAUCCAUGGGCGGAACAGAUAUCAACCAUCCAUUAAACAAGCUUGGGAAUGGGAAUAUACUGGUGUGGAAACGGAAGGCAGAGCAGUACCUAGCGGACUCUGGUCUACCAUACACAAUUAUAAGGGCUGGAGGACUACAAGACAAAGAUGGUGGGGUGCGUGAGUUGAUUGUUGGAAAGGAUGACGAGAUCUUGAAGACGGAAACAAAAACUAUUGCCAGGGCAGAUGUUGCAGAAGUUUGCAUACAGGCCUUGCUAUUUGAGGAAGCAAAGUUCAAGGCGUUUGAUCUGGCUUCAAAACCUGAAGGUGAAGGAACACCGAUGACAGAUUUUAAGUCUGUUUUUGCACAAAUUGCUACUCGCUUCUAA